UUUCUCCCACGGGAAGAGCGGUUGCGACCAGGGUUGCGACCUGUUGCGACUCUUUCGACGGGAGUCCAACUACGUCCUGCACGGGGUGGGAAUCGCAAACACUUGCACAACCCCGCAACCUCAUGCCGUCGUAGCACUUAAUAAGAGACCCUGCACUCAUCCGUCGACGGACGCCCGACUUGGAGAGACACUGCUCGGAGAACUCCGCCCCCAGUUCUUUCCGUCAACACAAUGGGCAAAGAAACUCUCAAGGUCGUCAUUCUCGGCGACGGUGCGGUCGGAAAGACCUCCCUACGCAACCAGUUUGUCCACAAGCGGUUCGCAAUGGCUUACAAGGCGACCAUAGGCUCCGAUUUUGCCUCAAAAGAAGUAGAAACUCAGGACGGGAGAAAGGUCAGCAUGCAGAUUUGGGAUACUGCAGGGCAGGAACGGUUUCAAAGUCUGGGAGUCGCAUUUUAUCGCGGCACGGAUGUCUGCAUACUAGUCUACGACGUAACAAAGCCCGAGAGCGUCACAAACCUGCUGAAAUGGAUGACGGACUUUAUCCGACAAGCCGACAUCCCAAACCCAGACUCGUUCCCGUUCGUGGUGGUGGGAAACAAAGUAGACGUGUCGAAUCGGGCAGUGUCGAAGCGACAGGGGCAGGAGAUUGCUCCUCCAACCCCACCCACCCCCUUCACCCCCACCCACUCCCCGCACUCCCUCCCCCUCUUCGAAGUCUCCGCCAAAACGGGCACCCGGGUCGACGACAUAUUUGCCUACAUCGCGCAUAACAAAACAGCCGCGAAGCAGACCGAGCAGCUCUACAAUCCUACCAUCUCACCAUAGCGUUUUCAAACAAUCUCAGCAUAUGCGUCGUCCCUCCUCGUUUUGGACAAUUUGAGCUCUGGCAGUGCCCUGCAUGGAGUCAGCAUCCACAACCGACACAUCAAAUCGAUAAACCAUCUCACAGCACUCCUGUUACCAUAAGAAUCCCCCUCAUGGCGGAGGUUUGUUGAAACCAUUUUCUUGUCAAAGCUUGUCAUGGAAUUGUGUCUCACUGUGUCGUUUCUCCCUACAGCUCGACACCCUCCUUCAGUCCGUCCUAACCGAGUAAGGAAUGCACCCUCUCGUACCGAAUCCUUGCGGCUAUAACCCACAAUUUAGUUCAGGUUGUCUGACGUCUUUUCCUUUCUUCUUGUGCUGCAGCACGGAACACCUGAAAGCUGUCU